AUGGGGGUUGAUGGGGCAGGAGAUGUGCCGUUCCGAGAGGUGGUGGGGAGCCUGAUGUGGAUCGCCAACCAGACAAGGCCCGACAUCUCGAAUGCUGUGCGGGCGGUGGCAAGGCACUCUCACGAGGCAAAGAAAAGCCACUGGAAGGCGGCCCGGAAAAUUCUAAAUUAUCUUCUGGGCACGGCACAUCUAACUUUCAAGUACAAGCAGGACACUAUGGUAGACGUAGGCACGUUGGUGUACGUAGACGCAAACUUCGCCAGUAAGGCCACUGACCGCAGAUCAGUUUCUGGAGCACGAGUUCUUGUAGCUGACUGUCUUGUUGGUUGGAUUUCUAGGACGCAGAGAUGUGUUAUACUUUCAACAACUGAAGCAGAGUAUGUUGCGAUGGGUGACGGCGUAAAAGAGGCUCUGUUUGUCAACGGAAUGCUCGAGUUCUUGAGGCCUAGUGAUAGAAUCGGUAUGAUUCAGGUACGAGAGGACAACGAGGGUGCGAUUGCACUUAAUGAGAAUCCGCUCAGUUCGUGUAACAGUAAGCACUUUGACGUGAGGCACCACUUUCUCAGGAAUUUGACAGAGGAGGGGGGGGUGUACUCAUAG